AUGCUAGCAACAUCGAAAAGCAUGAAGCUAGAGCUCGCCGCAAUCCUGACAUUGACCCUAAGUCUCUAUCGACUCUGGGUCUGGUAUAAACACCCUCUACGAAAAAUCCCCGGCCCCCUAUCCGCCUCAUUCAGCAAUACCCUCUACUCCUGGAAUUUCAUGCGCGGUCGCCAACCCUACCGGCAACUCGAAUUGCACGAAAAAUACGGCUCAAUCGUUCGUGUAGCGCCCAACGAAGUCAGUUUCAGUUCCGCUCGAUCCUGGUUGGAAAUCUACGGCCCACGAAAAGGGAUCGGAACAUUCAUCAAAAGCGAAUUUUACGAUGGAGGGAAUUUCGCUGCGGAAGCGCUGUCUAUUGUGAGUGAACGCGAUCCGAAAAAACAUGCGGAGAUGCGGAAAUAUCUUGCGAGUGCGUUUUCGGAUCGAUCGUUGAAGGCGCAGGAACCUUUGAUUGCUCAUUCGGUGGAUUUAUUUGUUAAGAAAUUGGGAGAGGCGGGGCAGGGGAAUCGAGGGACGAAUAUGGUUAUGUGGUACAAUUUGAUGACGUUCGAUAUCAUUGGAAGUCUCGCUUUCGGUCAGGAUUUUGGUGGAGUGGAAUCUGGAACCGAGCACUUUUGGGUGGCUAUCGUUUCCAAGAGUUUGCGACUUGGUGCUCUUGCGGACUUUUUUCGUCGAUUUCCUAUGUUGUCGACGAUUGUUCAGACGGUGUUUUCGAGUUUUAUCGAUAAGUUGAUGGUUGAGAAUCGCAAGCAUCAACAGUACACAAUGGAUCUGGUGCAAAGACGUCUCGCAACACAUUCGGAUCGACACGACUUUCUCACCAAAAUCAUCGAAGCACGCCAGGAGGCCGACAUUUCCGAAGCCCAAAUCGCCGCUCACUCUUCCGAUUUCGUCAUCGCAGGAAGUGAAACGACAGCAACUGCACUAUCCUGCAUGACAUAUUAUCUCCUCAAAAACCCUUCAAUCAUGGCGAGACUCCAGGAAGAAGUCCGAUCUGCAUUUUCUCGAUACGAAGAAAUUGAUUCUGCGAGCACUAUACCACUCAAGUACUUGAAAGCCGUAGCUCAAGAGGCGAUGCGGAUUUAUCCACCUCUACCAUUUGCUUUGCCGCGAGUCGUACCGGAGCCUGGUUGUCACGUUGAUGGUCAAUUCUUGCCAGGCGGCACUGUCGUUUCCACCAGCACAUUCGCAGCAAGUAUGUCUUCUGCGAAUUUCGAUCGGCCUUGGGAGUUUAUCCCUGAGCGUUGGCUGGAGAAGAGCGAGGGCACCGAUGCUCUUGAGGCCAGUCAACCAUUUUCCUACGGUAGUCGAGCAUGUCUCGGCCGAAGUCUUGGAUGGACGGAACUUAUGACCACCAUGGCAAAGAUGAUUUAUACGUAUGAUUUGGAACUCGUCGAUCAGGAAUUGGAUUGGCAUGGAGAGUCUCGUAUGCACACCGUUUGGGAGAAGCCAGCGCUUAUGGUCAAAGUCUCUCCAAGGAGUACCUAG